AUGCGGUCAUCCAUUACAAUUUGGACGCUGCUUUUUGCAACACUCUUUUCAUUUACGAUGGCGCGUAAGCCGGCCGCGUUUUAUCUGGCGGGUGAUUCUACAACAGCUGCACAGUCUUCCGAUGGGGGAGGCUGGGGCGUCGGGUUCCUGAAAACUCUCGCUCGCGGAGCGAUUGGGACGGAUCUUGGCUACAACGGAGAUACAACCGCUUCCUUUGUAUCCGGAGGCGCUUGGGCGAACGUGAUCGAUGCUGUUUCUAGAAGCAAAGCGGAGUUUGAGCCAUACGUGACCAUUCAAUUUGGCCACAACGAUCAGAAGAAUAACUCCGGUGUCACGCGUUCAGAGUAUCAAACAAACCUCCAAAGUCUCGCCGAGAAUGUCACAGCUGCUGGGGGAACGCCGGUCCUUGUAACUCCCCUGUCCCGCCGCAACUUCAACUCGUCCGGACUAGUGAUUGAAGAUCUUGCUGAGCAGCGCAAUAUCACUAUUACAGUUGCCGAAUCACUCGGGGUCUCUUAUAUUGACCUGAACAAAGCCAGCACAAUGUACCUGGAUGCAAUAGGCCAAAAUCUCUCUGCAACCUAUAAUCGUGUUUCCGAUGACUAUACUCAUCUCAAUGCUGUUGGGAGUGUUGUGUUUGGGACCUUGGUUAGCUGGUUGUUGCUCACGACAACGUCCCUGGGCGGCGCUCUCGAGCCUUACACGAUACCAUCUGCAGCAAUUAUUGAUGCUAUUGAAAACGGCACUUAUAUUUACCCAAGCUAG